AUGUCUCUCUCCCCCGAAAAACGUGGCCGUCACACGCGCCCUCGCUCCAGUUCCCGUGGACCUACCAACUUCGCCACGGUGGAAGGCAGGCUAUCUUGUUCCGGAAAACACAAAAUUGCAUGUCUCGCGCUGCAAGCCUCAAACAACGAUCUUGAAGCGCGUAUCACACACCUUCGUGGAAAGGUCAAUCAGCUCGACCGAGAAAUUUCUGUCCUUUCACGCCACGUCAAGCAGUUCAACCAUCAUCCAUUCCUGCAGACCUGGCAGGCCGACCUUCUCACUCGCCUCAUCGAGGUCGCCUAUGUCCGCCAGAAGAACAAGCUGCCCGAUGGGGUUUCAAUCGGCGAGACGAACACUGCAGACAGAGAGAUUCUCUCUAGAGCUUAUAGCAAUGCGGCUCGCCGAGUGAAAUGGGGUACGCUAGACAGUCUCGGUCUUGACAUAGGACACCAUGAUGCGUUGCAGCAUUACUCUGAUAUCGCUGUUUAUCGAAGCCCGAAUCCCUUUGAUACAGAGAUUCCUUUCGCCGAAUGGCUGGUCCAGCAGAGUCAGGCAAAACCGGACUUGUUUGCGUUCUGGGCAAGGCUCUACCCAAUCUGCUAUGGCCGUGCCGUUUACGAAAGCCUAGUCAUCGCCUGA